CCUCUAAACUCUACAACAGAGACCCAGAUUCUAGUCAGAGGCCGGGCCUUUAGAUACACAUUUAGAGUCAGGAUGCAGAGGACUCUAUAACUAGUGAGAAUGGGUGCUAAAGGGGGCUGUUCGCCCCGUAUCAGGAGUCCGCUUCUUCGGGAGUUUUUAGCUGAGUUUUUAGGAACAUUUAUCCUUGUCCUGUUUGGAACUGGAUCUAUUGCACAGUCUGUUCUCUCUCUCAACAACAAGGGGGACUUCUUCGCUAUAAACUGGGGAUGGUUUAUUGGAAUACUGCUCGGUGUGCUGGUUAGUGGAGGAGUUUCAGGAGGACAUCUGAACCCUGCAGUUUCUGUAGCUGUUGCUACACUUGGCAAAUUCCCUUGGUGGAAGGUUCCUCACUACUUGGCAGCUCAGUAUCUGGGAGCAUUUACUGCUUCAACUGUAGUAUUCUUGGUCUACUGGGAUGCUCUUGUCUGGUAUGAGCAUGAUCGUGGAGCAUACCGUACAACCCCUGAUACGGCCGGUAUAUUUGCCACCUACCCUGGCAGGCAUCUGAGCUGGGCGGGCGGUGUCGGAGAUCAAUUCCUUGGUACUGCUAUGCUACUGAUCUGCCUCUGUGCUAUCACUGACAGAAAGAAUAUGAAUGUGAGCAAGCAGUUGGUUCCCUUGUACGUUGGAUUUACUGUGCUGGGUAUUGGAAUCUGUUUUGGGUUUAACUGCGGCUAUGCGGUCAACCCCGCUCGAGAUCUUGCACCUAGACUUUUUACAGCACUGGCUGGUUGGGGCCCUGAAGUAUUCAGUUACUAUUCUCAUUGGUGGAUAGUUCCUGUGGUUGCAUCUCAUCUUGGAGCUAUAGCUGGAGCAUGGAUUUACUAUCUGUGCGUCGAGAUGAACUGGCCAAGGGAUCUUGAACCUGAAUCUGAGAAGGAGAACCCGGAGCCAAUGAACGGAAAAGGAUCUUAUAUCCAGUAUCCCAAUGGACGCCCACAGGACAAUGAUCAAGAAACUCAAAAGCUGAAUCAGAAUACUGAGGAAUACAAACCCCUCCCGACCAAAGCAGCUUUCCACGAUGAACUCAAGAAAACCGUUGCCAAAUAGAGGUGCGAAGUCCCUGUUUCCAAGAACCCUCUUCUCCCACAGAUCCAAGAGGAUAUCGGAAGCCUGGAAAACCUGUUUGACCCUGAACAAGGUGA